UUGGCAGGUUCAGCUGUUAUCGCAUUUGGGCUAUGGCUGCGGUUUGGAAAUGUUAUAAGAGAUUUAGCAACGGAUGAGGCCUCCCCAGAAUAUUUUUAUAUGGGACUGUAUGUACUGAUAGGAGCAGGAGUGCUGAUGAUGGCAGUAGGAUUUUUUGGAUGCUGUGGAGCAGCACGAGAGUCUCAGUGCCUGCUUGGAGCAUUUUUUACUUGCUUGCUGGUGAUUUUUGCUGCUGAAAUUGCUGCAGGGGUGUUUGCUUUUCUGGGCAAAAAAACGGCUGUCAACGAAGUCCAAGCUAUCUAUGAGAAAGCUUAUGAAAACUACAUCAAUGAUCAAAGCAAAAAUAAAACACUCAUCAAAUUUCAUGAUGCGCUUCAAUGCUGUGGGAAAGACAGUGACGUUCAAGUAAAACCCACCUGUCCAAAAGAUAUUGGAUCGUCUAAAAACUGUCUGACUGAAAUAGAGACUCUCCUUAAUUCAAAUCUUCAUUUACUUGGCAUUGUUGGGAUUGCAAUUGCUGGAAUCACAAUCUUUGGCAUGAUCUUCAGCAUGGUCCUUUGUUGUGCAAUCCGAAACACAAGAGACAUGCUUUAGAACACUUCCUGUGUCACUUUAUUUUGAACCCAGGACUGAAGGAAAAGCUGCAACACAGUUCUGAAGAAGUGCUUGCCCACUCAACUUAACAACUGUAAUCCAUUUUUUUUAAUUAGGUGUUAAUCAACUGACACAAAAGGGGAGUAUUUGUCAAGUUCAAGAGUUUCCUGUGACUGCAUUUAAAUUUUUAAAACAAUUAUGACAUGAGCAAGUAAGAUAGGCUAACAAUGCAUUUUCAAGGCCAACAGUGACAUCUAAAACUAAAAUUUAUUUGAAGUAUGACUUUGCACAGAAAUGGAGGAAUAGGCCCUGUAUGUAUGUGUGCUUGUUUUGGUGCAGACGCACUUAUAGCUGUAUAUACAGUCUCUUUGAUUGUAUGUAUGUUUUGUGAGUGUCUCUAUCUGCAUGCAUAUUUCUGCAUUAUAUGUAUUAUGCAUGCACAUGUGUGUAUACAAACAUACACACACACACAGACACUUGGGUACAUUUCUUGAUAAAAAGUUUUUCACAAUGGAGUCCUCUUUACUAAUCAUUUUUGGAGAAGCAGAUGCCUGUAGAAAAAUGAGUACUGUCCUAUUUUCUUUCACUCUUUGGAAUGUCCCAUUUAAGAUAAUGUCAGGUGGGAAAGAUCAGGACCACAUGUGAAGUUGCAGUUAAAGUUAUUUAUUAGCAUUCUUGCCUAUGCACAGGAAUCUACACAACUUAUAAUUAGCACUGCUCUUGCCUUAGAUAAGAAUAGUCAAAAGUUCAAAAGGGUUACACUUAGUCUAAUUGUGGGUACGUAAAGAUUCUAGGCUGAUUCCUCUUUUGACUCUGCCCCUGGGUUUUGCCUCUGGAUAACUAUAU